CCAAAAGCUGCAUUGGCAUACCACCAGCUCCCGCAAAGCACCCCUGCGAAAUUUACCGAGAAGCUCCUUAUUAGUCCUACGGAGCAGCGUCCAGUGAGAAAUUAGGAGAGAAGACGGAGAAAAGCAAAGCCCAGUAGAAACAGGAAGGAAAUAAAAAAAUGAGGAAAAUCAUUCCUCUACUGUUGAUGGGCUGCGGAGGCGUCGGCCGCCAACUCCUCGAUCACAUUAUCAAUUGCAGAUCCCUUCACUCCAAGCAGGGUUUCGUUUUACGAGUUUUGGGAAUUUGCGACAGCCGAUCGUUGCUGGUGGUGGAUGAUGUUUCAACCAUGGAAUUCAGCGAUGCCUCUUUAGCAAAAAUCUGCAGUGCCAAAUCUUCGGGUUCCUCUUUAUCGAAUUUGCUCGAUCUCGGCCAGUGCCAGAAAUUUAAGGAUUCAGAAGCAAAGGAAAAGGUUAUUGAUAUUGCUGGCCUUCUUGGCAGAUCAACUGGUUUAGUUGUAAUUGACUGCUCUGCCAGUUCUGAAACUAUUCAAACACUAAAACAGGUUGUUGAUCAUGGUUGUUGCAUUGUGCUGGCAAACAAGAAGCCCCUUACAUGUUCAAUUGAAGAUCAUGAAAAGCUCAUGUCAGAAUUUCGCCGUAUUAGAUUUGAGUCAACUGUUGGGGCUGGUCUUCCUGUAAUUGCUUCUGUAACACGUGUUCUUGCAUCAGGAGACCCCAUUUAUCGUAUUGUUGGGGGUUUGAGUGGCACCCUAGGUUAUGUUAUGAGUGAAGUCGCGGAUGGAAAGUCAUUUAGUCAAGUUGUUAAAGCAGCAAAAAGCUUAGGAUACACAGAACCAGAUCCACGUGAUGACCUCAGCGGGAUGGAUGUAGCCAGAAAGGGAUUGAUCCUUUCUCGGCUUCUUGGACACAAGAUCGAGAUGUCUGAUAUAAAGGUGGAGAGUUUGUAUCCUGAUGAAUUGGGACCUAACUCAAUGUCCACGGAGGACUUCAUCAGCAAAGGUCUUCCAUCUCUUGACAAAGACAUUAGUGAAAGAGUGAAAGGGGCUUCUGCUAAAGGAAAUGUUCUUCGUUAUGUUUGUGUGAUUGACUAUUCAAGGUGCCAGGUUGGACUACAAGAGAUUCCAAAAGAUUCUCCCCUUGGAAGAUUGAGAGGAAGCGACAAUGUGGUGGAAAUAUACAGCAGAUGUUACAAGGAUUCACCUUUUGUGAUUCAAGGAGCAGGAGCAGGCAAUGAUACUACAGCUGCUGGAGUUCUUGCUGAUAUCAUUGAUCUCCAGGAUCUUUUCUAGUUUUAUUCAUGUAUCAUGAGUGAGUCAGAUGAGAUUUAUAAAUCUCCUUGUGCACGUAUCGUAAGGAACAAAAUAUCACUAUUGUAGUUUUGUGUUUUUAAUGUGGCUGCAUAUUCGUAUUGUAUCCAAAAGAUGUCCGAAACUUUCUGGAAAAUUCAAUAAGCAUUCCUUCAUUUUGAUGUUUUA